AAUUAGCUCUAAUUAUCUAUUGUAUAUGCUUUCUUACGCUCAUAACCCAUAACACGCCCACAAUAGCCAGCGUCUAGGGUCAACAAGACUUGUAGGAUUGAAUAGCAUCUCUGCGGCAUGUUUCGGAGGCUUUCCAAUCUUAGAAGGAAAGAUCGGAGUGAGCGUCGUCCGCUACGGUUUCAUCGAACGGAGUCCGAAUCUCAAGUCUCCGGUCCGAGCCUAUCUAGUGUCUCCGGGUCGGUUAUUAAAGAAGACCAAGAUGAACUUACAAGAACUCUCCAUCCGCCAAUACCCAUUAAAACUAUUGACAGUACCAGCCAAUUUGGAAGUCAUAACGAUGCUGGACCACUUGGUCUCACUGUUGUUUAUACCCCUGAAAAUGCUCACAAGGCUGACAUCGUAUUCAUACAUGGGCUCGGCGGAACUAGUAGAUGGACAUGGUCGAAGAACAGAGAUCCAGAAUUAUUCUGGCCGUCGAAGUUUCUGCCCCUUGAGUCCGACAUCUGUCUAGCUAGAGUACUAACCUUCGGUUACAAUGCCAACUUCCUUAAAGCCGGAAGUAUUGGUAUUUCCGUGUUAGACUUUGCUAAGGAUCUGCUAUUUAACCUGAAAUAUGCGAAUGACAAUAAAAAUGAAGAUUUAAAUCUGGGAAAUGUACCCCUUGUUUUCAUUGUGCAUAGUAUGGGAGGACUUAUCAUUAAGGAGGCGUAUAUCCAAGGCCAGAAUGACCCGGAGUACCAAUCUAUCAUCAAGGCUAUAUCGGCAAUCAUAUUCCUAGCCACGCCGCAUCGAGGGACGUAUCUUGCUGAAACAUUGAACCGGAUCUUACAAGCUACCAUAGUUACAAAUUCAAAGCCAUACAUAUCCGAUCUUGUGAAUAAUUCCUUUACAUUGCAGAGGCUUAAUGAGCAAUUUCGUCACAUUGCGCCUCGAUUGGAUAUCGUUUCGUUCUAUGAAACCCAGCCUACUUCGGUCGUGCUUAAACGAAUUAUGGUGGUGGAGAAAGAUUCUUCUGUACUUGGAUAUCCUGGAGAGAUAUCCAAACCGCUAAAUGCCGAUCACCAUGGAGUUUGCAAAUAUGGAAGUCCCAACGACCCCGACUACAUCGCCGUAAGGAAUGUACUCAAGUCACUCCUCAGGAAGGCUAUAUCGGCGAGCAAUCCUAAGCCGACCGUGUCGAUUCAAAAGGAAUCGCAUGGCCUGAGAUCCUUUUUGGCCAUUACAGAAGUUCCAACCGUCGAUUACAGUUUCUUCCGAGAUCAAUGGGCACAUGGCACUUGUGAAUGGGUCCUUCGAGAUGAAAAUUUUGACAGAUGGCUCCAGGCGCCUGAUAAAACAUCGUCCAUCUUAUGGCUGAAUGGAGGGGCUGCAACUGGAAAGUCAGUGUUAUCUUCGUUCAUUGUCAACCACCUCGUAGAGCGAGAUGCCUGUUGUCAAUAUUUCUUCAUAAGGUUUGGCGAUGAGAAGAAACGCACUCUGAGUACACUACUACGUUCAAUAGCUUACCAGGCAGCGUUGGCCAUCCCAGCCUUUCUACAGAAACUCCUCGAGCUGACCGACGAAGCUAUUGACUUUGAAACCAUAGAUUCCAGGACGAUCUGGGAAAGGAUCUUUAAGUCCAUCCUAUUUAAUAUGGAAGAGCGGAAACCCCUUUACUGGGUAAUAGAUGGCCUAGAUGAGGCCCAUGAUCCUCGAGCUAUCUUCAGACUCUUAUCAGACGUCUCUUCCUCUUCGAUUCCGCUUCGCAUCUUACUUGUCGGCCGCAGAACCUCGGAGAUUGAAUUCGCAUUCCAAAAAGUCCCAAAGUAUCUAAAAUCGGGAUCUAUAAAUAUUGAGGGCCAUCUGGAAGAUAUACAAUGUUAUGCGCGCCAAGAACUAAGUAUGCCUGGCGGUCCCAACUUCAAGGAAUCGAUAGUAAAACGAGUGGUGGAUAAGUCGCAGAACAAUUUCCUCUGGGCACGGCAUGCCAUUAGCGAGUUAAAUCUAUGCCAUAGACGCGCAGAUGUUGAGCGUGCGCUCCAGGAACUACCAGUUGGCAUGGAUGCGGUUUAUCAUCGCAUGGCGUUGUCGAUUUCCCAAAAUCCAUCGUCAUCUAAUAAGGCUUUAGCAUUGGCCAUUCUUCAGUGCGUUACUUGCUCAAUUCGCGGAUUGACAGUUGCGGAAUUAUCGCAAGCGCUAGACGAAGACCUAUCUGAAAUACUAGACCUUGAACGGUCGAUUAUAGACUUAUGUGGUGGGUUUCUGGUCGUUGAUAACAGCGACAAUGUUACGAUGAUGCAUCAAACUGCGCGCGAGUACUUGCUAGAUAAUAGCGAUCAUCCCUUCAACGUUGAUUCCAGGGAUGCCCACGAGCGCAUGUUUAAAAGUUGCAUGAAGUGCCUUAUGACCAUUGGCCUCCGUGGAAAGGUGAACCAGAAUCAGAAGCCGGAAUUUGUUGAUUAUGCAUCAAGCCACUGGUCGUCGCACUUGAUAUCAACAUCCCCCGAGAGUGAACAAGUUGGCGAUAUUCUCAAGAAGUUCUUAACUAACCAUUGGGUUCUUACAUGGAUACACGUCCUCGCUUCAUAUAACCAGCAGCAAACACUAAUACAAGCCUCAAGGAAUCUGUCAAAAUAUUGUUCAAUGCUACAACAACACAACACAGCAGAACGAGAUGGAGGACGAGUCAUAGUAGAACAGGAACUUCUUCAAAGUUGGUCGAUAGACUUUGUGAAAUUAGUAGGGAAGUUUGGUGCUCAUUUGCGACGAAAUCCGGAAUCGAUAUACAAGCUAAUUCCGCCCCUCUGCCCCCGAAAUUCUUCAAUAUAUAAAAUCUUCGGCAAGCGAGAGGCAAAGAAUAUUUCGGUACUAGGUAUAUCUACUGAGAGCUGGGACGAUUUUCUUGCCCGCAUAUCGCUGGGACCUGGCAACUUUGCGUCAUCCAUUGCGGCGUCUGGCCCUCUUGUUGGUAUUCUCGCCUCCCGGAAGAAAGUGUUCGUGUACGACUCCUCGACAUUUGAAGAAAUGAUAGCCUCUCCCAUCGAACAUGGCGAGAGUAUAUACCGGAUGGAGCUUAACAAUACUGCUACCCUGCUGGCCACCUAUGGUUACAAGACAACCAAAGUAUGGGAAACAUCAACUGGAAAUUGUAAACUUUCGGUUGAUAACAUCGCUUCGCGGCCCCGGCCACUUUGUAUGCUAUUUACGAAAGAUAAUAAUACUCUACUUGUUGGUAGCGAAGACAAGCAGAUAAGAUAUCUUGAUCUGAACCAACAAUCUCCGGUCUGGCAGCUCGUAGCGGAUCUGGAAGAACCACAGCUCGAAGGCCACAUCCUAAACUCAUCAAGCUAUAUGGCUAUGAGUAAGGACGGGACUCUGAUUGCUGUGGCCUACCGAGGCCACCCCCUUUCUGCAUGGGAAAUAGACGGGCCGGUCCACUUAGGGCAUUGCUGGCGAACUCACGACGAGAGGGAUAGAGGCGAUGUUAUCGAUGCCGUCUGGCAUCCAUACUCUCUCGAACUUUUCGGUCUUUACAUCGAAGGGGUGCUUUUCAAAUGGAGUCCUCACGAUGGUAAUAUCAUUGAGAUGCGAACGGGAGCAGCUAGACUAGCAAUUAGCAGGGAUGGCAACCUUCUUGCUACCGGCGACGCACGCGGAACUAUCAAGGUCCAUGACACGUCUGAUCUCAAUUUACUAUACCACCUCACAUCCCAGGACACGGUCCUAGGGAUAGCGUUCAGCCCGGAUCAUCGACGCUUCUACGAUAUCAGGGGUAAUUAUGGAAACGUGUGGGAACCGACCGUACUAAUGAAAUUCCCCGAGCAGACGGAUAGCAUUAAGAUACGAAGCAAGACGGACAGUUUGAAUCCUAACUCGUUAACCGACUCCAGCCCACCCUGGAGGAUCGAUGCUAUUACGAUAGUGGCAGUAUCACCAACCAGACGCUUAUACAGUCACGGUACGGAGACUGGAACAGUCUAUAUCGUCGACUUGCAUAGGGAGAAAGUUAUCGACACCCAUACGCUAAAGGGCCCACCGAGUAUUGAGAAAAUGCGCUGGAGCGACGACGGGCGAUACCUUUGCUUCUCCGAUUCUGCUAAAAAGAUCUGUAUUAAGUUGAUAAAUCCGGGCGCAGGUACUUCAGAGCCAACUGCGGAAACCAAGGCGGAGAUUUCAGUGAGGAAUAUGGCGAAAGGCCCGAUCACACAAUUGCUUUUCCAACCCAAUUCGAUGGCUGUCUUGGUCUUCACUUCCACCACAGCCCACGCGAUCUCAACCUCGACACUAUCGGUAACUCGAUCGGUAGAAUUCGACGCAGCUGAAUACGAAUGGAUUGCGCACCCGGAAGACCCGGAGCUAGUGGUUGGAUUUGGGACAAAGCGAAUAUAUAUUAUGACUUGGAACUUGACUCAUACACAGUCUUACGUGGUCAACCUGGAAGGCCACCCGGACCAUGCUAUUGUGAACAGAGUACUCGUCACCCAGGAUAAAGAGCACUUGCUAGUCCAAACAUCUUCCCAAAACCAUAACUCAAGGGAGAAGAAGGCAUUGCAUUAUUUGAAGGCCUCCGACUUAUCGAUACCACCAACAGCCCCAAGCAACGAUCAGGAGAGCGACCCGGUGACGAUCACCCCAAUCACACUCCCCAAAGAGGUAUCAUCAGAGAUUGCGCUGCCACUCCUAUUUCACUCUAACAGACACCUCACGUUUCUCUCCAGAGACUCUUCGGUCUACGCCUGGAAAGCCCCGUCUGAUCCUGGGUACCUGGGGACGACGCUUGUCAGUAGUAUGGUUGCUGGAUCUGAUAAUUCUAUUAUAAAGCAGUCUAAGGAGCUUUUCGUGCUGCCGGGGGAUUGGAUCAAUAGAGACAAUUUGUCUUUAUGUGUUAUCUGGGAUGCGGAGAAGUCUUUUCUGUGCCCGAGGAAUGGGGAGGUUGCUGUUGUUAGGUGUCGGGAGUUGGGUUAAUUCUUUUAUUCCUAAUGACCCUCAUUACUUAAAUCCUAACAGUUGCAUUUUUUAA